AACCUGGGCCCUUUCCCUCGCUCGUUCCCCGUGCUGAAGCGAACUUGCACAGUCGACGCCCCACCCCACCCGGCCGUUUCUUCGUUUCUGUCCGUAUCACCAAACAUUUUCUGCAGCAAAGGCAUACUGCGGCAUGCCACUGUGUCUUACAUCAGGUUUCCACUGCGUCAAGGAAUGGAUAUCAAGAUGUGCUCGGCACAAAACCGACGUUGGCUACCGUACGUCUGGGAGCCACCGAGCCAGGCACAGAGUGUCAUUAAGUUGGCAAUACCUCUUCCUGUGACAUCAGGUAGGGAUACAAUGCCCUUGUGCACUGUCACCAUGCCGACUACGCGGCCAAGCCGGAUCUCUGAUGCCUUUUUCACAUACUUUAGGUAUACGUCGUACAAACACGCGACAUCUGCUUCCUCGCUGUUGUAG